AUGCCUAGAUCUAAACGCUCAAAGCUAGUGACAUUGUCUCAGACUGAUAAAAAGGGAAGAGAAAACAAAGAAAGAAUAUUUGAUGAAGUUAGAACUGCCUUGGAUACUUAUAAGUACGUUUGGAUCCUAUAUCUCGAUGACGUGAGAACACCAGUUUUACAAGAAAUUAGAACCGCUUGGACUGGUUCAAAAUUAAUCUUGGGAAAAAGAAAAGUCUUGGAAAAGGCAUUGGGUACCACUAGAGAAGACGAAUAUAAGGAGAAUUUGCAUAAACUAACUAAAGAAUGUAAUGGUGUAACGGGUUUAUUCUUUACUAAUGAAGAUAUUGAUACUUUCCAAAAUUAUUUCAAAUCAUAUACAAGGAUGGACUGUUCAAGACCAAAUUCAAAAGCUCCAUUAACCUUCGUCAUUCCAGAAGGCAUCGUGUAUUCUCGUGGUGGUCAGAUCCCAGUUGAAGACGACGUCCCAAUGGUGCACUCUUUGGAACCAACUUUAAGAAACAAGUUGGAGAUCCCAACUAAAAUUAAAGCCGGUAAGAUUACAAUCGAAUCCCCAUACUUAGUUUGUAAUGAAGGUGAUAAAUUGGAUGUCCGUCAAGCUUUGAUCUUGAAACAAUUUGGUGUAGCAGCUGCUAAAUUUAAAGUUAGAGUAGCCGCAUAUUACGAUAAUGAAGAGUCAAAGAUGGAAAAAGUUAAUAUCAAUUUUGAUUAA